CUCACGUUUCUAAGCUCCAACUACAUCCAUGAUGUUUUUUGGGCGCAUGUCGCAUCAUUUUUGUUUUCCUUCUCUCAAUGAUUGGCAAACAACAAGCUUGGCCAUCGUGGCAUGGAUCCUCCGCGUCGUGAUGACCACGCGAAUGUGUGGGCCAGCGGCAAGCAAGCGCCGCAGGUAACCUUACUGUCUUACUGUGGGCAGGGACUGGACGGGAGACCAUCGCGCCGAAUUGCUCCCCGUCCUCUUCAGCGCCCAAUAUAUGAGCCGUAAGAGCGUUCGCUUGGACUUGAAGGACGUAAGUCUUUUUUCCUGCUGCCAUCGAUACUUGAAGUUUGGAUCAAAUCAUCUUGCCGGCACCCGGAAUGAAUUUGAACCACCCAGCUUCAUCUUGAUUCAACCUUCGUCCCGUCCUCCCCGCUCCGUGACUGCGGGCCAAACCCCUACGAUAUCGCCGACAUGGUCCUAAGAUCCCCACACAAACCACUCAACCGCACAACACAGGACAUCCGGCUUUUAACUUUCGACACAACCCACAAGGCACCCUCAACGUCCAAUUUUGCGUCGCCAGUUGUCACCCUCUUCCUCAGUCAUGUCCCCCUCUCCGCAUCACCGCCUCCCUUCCGAGCCGUGUCCUACAUCUGGGGCAUCCCGUCCCCCGAUGAGCCCCUUCCUACGAUCCAUCCCGACUACUUCCCCAUGACUGUCACGCCCAAUCUAUAUUUGAUCGUGCAGGAAGUGGUGCUGGCUCAGAAAGGGGUCGUCGCGUGCGGAAGUGGUGAAGCGGUGGUAGUGGACUGGGAGGAUACUCGGGAUGUGCUGCAGUUGUUCGAGUGGAUGAUCCUUUUCUCGAACAUUGAUCCCAAGUAUCGGCUGCUGUACGAGUUGCUGGGGGACAUCAUGUUUAGUGUUGUGCAUCUCGAGGAGGUCCUGAAUGCCUACAGGCUCAUUCUGCGUAGAGGGAAGGAUUAUCCGGAGAAGACAACGCUCAGCACAGUCCUCACGCACCUCGCCACAGCUGUGAUACAAGAAUAUGGCCCGAAGGUGCUAUGCUAUCAACGGGGGAUCGCAAGGUGGACAGACGGGGGACUUCCCUCGGCACCUGGAAAACCGAUCAUCGGCAGCGUCGAACUUGAUGGACCUGGAGGCGAGCUCGACUUGGAUGCCACAGAAGGAAGACACUGGCCUCUGAACAGCACGGCAGAGACUGCAGUGAUUGGAGAGUCGAAGCUCGCCCUCUUCUUGCAGAGGGCAGUGAUGUCAACUGUGGUCCGUGUUGGUUCAGGGUUCACUACCUCUAGUGUCCCAGGACAGGAGGAUUACCGCAAAAACUCGGACCGUUCGUCUUCGGAUAUUCGCAACUUAAGCAUGUUUGAGCCAAGGCACUCUACGCAAUCGAGCCUGGUAAAGCCCAAUCAUUGCACACAGAGUCUGUCGAAAGCCGAAGGCGAACGGCCCGACUUUCUGCGGUGCCUGAUCGCAUAUCGCGCAUGGCUUGAAGAGACACUUAACUUGCCAGACCACCCCUUUAUUCUACACGCACCCGUUUUGACUCCAGACACAAUCUCACUCCACCAAACACAUAUCACCUACUCGUCUGAGCUACAAGCAGAAGCGCCUCGCUCUCCCAGUCUUUCCCUGCCGGAACGCUCUGAGAAGUCGCAGCUGGAAUCUCCAGGAAAAGAGUCUUCUAGCCCAGACGAGUGCACAGGAGUCGAGAUGAAAGAUCCACCGUUUUGUGUGAAGAUUCCCGACGAAGGAAUGUUCGAAACAUUCAUGCGCAUGAAUAUCAGUCGCGCCGUCAGUAAUUUUGACAGUGCACCAAGCCUUCAGGGCAUUGAUCCUAUCCAUCGCCAACCUCAUCAUAUCGUCAACCUCAUUGCAUCGCUAAAAGGUCUUUAAAUAUAUGAGCCGAUGCGACAAACAAACUCGCACUAUCUGGGUGUUGGGAGUCGUACAAAGGUGCAUCGACCUAGAGGUACUCGGCAAAUCCAAAACAGCUUUCGGCCCUCUAUGUGCGAUUCAUCCCUUGGUCUUCCAAGGGUUCUGUUGACCAAGAAAGCAAUUGUCUACUCGAUAGGUGCUGACCGGACUGGAACACGUGCAGGUUCUUGAUUCGUUUUGGGUUUGGUACCGGCUC